AGGUAGCAGACAAUCACAGAUCACUGUGAGGGGGACACACCUUUGACGUUUUUGGGUGCGAUUUAUGAGGAUGCCAUUUUAUUUACAAUACUGCUUAUUUGACGACAUUUGAUAGUUUUUUGUUUUGCCGCUAUACAAAUUGCAACACUUAAAGCAACGGAGACGAUUUUACGCAACAGUGCUGAAACAAUGACUGGAGUUUUCGACAGCCUAAAUACAGAUAUGCAUUCGAACCAGAUUACCUCGAACAAUUACCACAGCUUGCACAAAUCGCAGGAGUCUCCAACUCUACCAGUAUCUACGGCUACGGACAGCAGCUACUACAACAGCCAACAGCCUGGCCACUGCGCAGGGUCUCCAUAUGGUCAACUUGGUUCUUACCAGUACCACGGCAACGCCAUGACCAGCGUAUACAACACCAAAUCAUACGACCUCGGUUUUAACUCCUCGUAUGGUACCUACGGUUCUUACGUCUCGAGUUCUUCACCGACUCCAACUGAUGCAGAGAAAGAAGAAAGCGAACCUGAAAUCCGAAUGGUUAACGGAAAGCCAAAGAAGGUCAGAAAACCCAGAACUAUUUAUUCAAGUUUCCAACUGGCGGCCCUUCAGCGGAGAUUCCAGAAGACACAGUACUUGGCUUUACCAGAGCGAGCCGAACUGGCAGCAUCAAUGGGCCUAACCCAAACGCAGGUGAAGAUUUGGUUCCAAAACCGCCGCUCCAAAUUUAAGAAGUUGUGGAAAAGUGGAGAAAUUCCUCCAGACCAACAUGUGGCCUCCAGUGAGUCUCCCCCCUGCAAUUCCCCUCCCGCCAUUGCCUGGGACUUUCCACAGAAUCAAAGAAUGAAUACUGUAAACUCCAGCUUACCUCAGAGCAACAGUCCUCCUAAUACGACUGCGCCCUCUUUCUUGGCAAACUACUCUUGGUACUCAGCAACAAACUCUGCGACGCAUCUUCAACCAGGCCCGCUUGUUCAUCACCAUCACAACGCCGUGAGCGCAGGAACAAUAUUCUAAAAUCUUCUAAAACAUCUGACUUGAACUUGGAGAAUACUGGUGAAAUAAAGAGCGCCAAUACAUGCGAACUUUGGACACAAAUUCACACCAACCAGGAAUUUCACGACGGCAAACGCUAGACAUAUUUUUACAGUUAUUUUUGUAUUUAUUUAUUUUGUUUCGAUUGAUAAGGUUUACGAACCACUAAUAACCCAAAGCAAUCACAGAAAGUUAACCUACCUUUACGCGGACGUCACUUUUGCAUAAUCCCUGCAUUGAAAGUAAUUUGCAGGAAUAUCUGUCACAAAUGUAGCACACUUUUUAACUGUAUCGUGCCUUUUGAAAAUAACCUCAGUUUUGUUGUACAAGGAAAAUGUUUUAAAUGUACUCAUUCCUAAUAUCCAUGUCGCUGUUUGAUUUGUUGUAAGGUAAGUGUCUGGAUCCAUCUUGUAUAGGCUACAUCAUCUCGUUUUAUAUGCCGCAUUGACAUACAUUCCUCUUUGAUAUUGGAGACAAAUUCAUUCUUAACUCUUAAGCUACUGAUUGUCCCACCUUCUAAUUAACUUGUAUUUCAGUUUGAUCGUAUUUUGUCUUAUUUAUGUUUAAGGUUAGUAGUGUUUUGAUUUAUAUUAUGAGACGUUAUUUAAAUAAAAAUGUUUUUUGUGCA